AUGGCGUCAGCGGUGUUCUUUCUCGACCUGAAGGGCAAAACCCUGCUGGCGCGCAACUACCGCGGUGACAUUCCCAUGUCGGCGGUCGACAAGUUCCCCGUGCUGCUCAGUGAGGCCGAAGAAGAGAGCUCUGCCGUGCCGCCAUGCUUCUCCAACGAAGGCAUCAACUACCUCUACAUUCGCCAUAACAACCUGUACCUGCUCGCCCUCACCAAGCGCAACACCAACGCCGCCGAGAUCCUGCUCUUCCUCCACAAGAUCGUCGAGGUCUUUACAGAAUACUUCAAGGAGCUCGAGGAGGAAAGCAUACGAGACAACUUUGUCGUCAUCUACGAGCUGCUGGACGAAAUGAUGGACUUUGGCUACCCGCAAACGACCGAAACCAAGAUCCUGCAAGAGUACAUCACACAAGAAUCGCACAAACUCGAGGUGCAGGCACGGCCGCCCAUUGCAGUCACCAAUGCUGUCAGCUGGCGAAGUGAGGGCAUUCGCUACCGCAAAAACGAAGUCUUCCUCGAUGUUGUGGAGUCGCUCAACCUCCUGGUCUCGGCAAACGGAAACGUGUUGCGCUCGGAGAUCUUGGGUGCGAUCAAGAUGAAGUGCUACCUCUCCGGUAUGCCUGAGCUGCGCUUGGGCUUGAACGACAAGGCUAUGUUUGAGACCACCGGGAGGGCGACACGAGGAAAGGCGGUCGAGAUGGAAGACGUCAAGUUUCAUCAGUGUGUGCGAUUGUCAAGAUUCGAGAACGACCGAACGAUCAGCUUCAUCCCGCCCGACGGCGAGUUUGAACUGAUGAGCUACCGCCUCAACACACAGGUGAAGCCUUUGAUCUGGGUCGAAUGCAUAGUAGAGAGUCACUCUGGAAGCAGGAUAGAAUACAUGCUCAAGGCCAAGGCACAGUUCAAGCGGCGAAGCACAGCAAACAAUGUCCAGAUUUCGAUACCCGUUCCUGAAGACGCCGAUACACCUCGCUUCCGCACAAACAUCGGUACGGUACACUACGCUCCUGAGACAUCCUCGAUCGUCUGGAAGAUUAAGCAAUUUGGAGGAGGAAAGGAGUUCUUGAUGCGCGCAGAACUUGGCUUACCCUCUGUACGGGGUGAUGACGAGAAGGGUGGCGGUAUGAUGGGUGGUUUCGGUGGAAGCAUGGGAGGUGUUGGCGGAGGAAAGGCAAAGAGGCCGAUCAACGUCAAGUUCGAGAUUCCAUACUUCACAACAAGUGGUAUCCAAGUUCGGUACCUCAAGAUCAUCGAGCCAAAGCUCCAAUACCCGUCGCUGCCCUGGGUGCGGUACAUUACUCAGUCUGGCGAUAUCGCUGUACGAUUACCGGACGUGGCUUAG